GCUGCCAAAUAUGCGUCCCAAACUAAACAUUCGAGAGGAGGUGGAGCAGCUGUUUGAAAAGAAAUUUCAAUACCAGAAGCCGAGAAACGAGGCUUGGCUGCUGCCGGCACAAAAGCCGCUCUUCGGCGAAUUCUACCAAUACGAAUCGCUGCAGGAGCUAAAGGAACAACUCAACAAUGUGAAAAGCAAAUUGAAUAAUUAUGGCGUACAAGAGUGGAGCACACAUACGAAUCGUCGUGAUCCAUCGGGCGAAAUUUCCUGGCGACUCAAAAACGAAACCAAAGCGGAGUUUGUGACGGUAGCUUGGUGCAAGUUCUUCGAGUGUCUGCAUCGUUAUCCAUUGAUCAAGCAACCGGAAUUGAAUACGCUGCAUCUGUGCGAGGCACCAGGCGCAUUUAUAACCGCACUCAAUCAUUACUUGCACUCGACCUACACAAAGGAGGAGGUCAAUUGGCAUUGGCGCUCCACUACGCUGAAUCCCUACUAUGAGGGCAAUGCGUUAAAUGAAAUGAUAACCGACGAUCGGUUUAUAUUUCACACGCUCCAUAAUUGGCUCUUCCACCGGGACUUCACUGGGAAUCUGCUCAACGUGGAGAACAUUGAGCAUAUGAGAGACGUCUGUGCCAAGGAUUUGCCAGCUGGUGUACAAUUGAUAACAGCCGAUGGCUCCAUCGAUUGCUCGGCGCAGCCCGAUUGCCAGGAGGAGAUUGUGGCGCGUCUCCUGUUCGCAGAGAUCUUGAGCGCACUUCACAUUUUAAGUCCAAGUGGAAACUUUGUUAUCAAAAUGUUUACGCUCUUCGAGGCAUGCAGCGUGUCCAUUAUGUUCAUGCUCAACUGUGUAUUCGAGCGGGUGCACAUAUUUAAGCCGGCCACAUCGAAGCGGGGCAAUUCGGAAGUUUAUGUGAUAUGCCUGAACUAUCAGAAGGAUACGCCUGGACUGCCGCACCUGUUGGAGGCGAUGCGAGCGAGACUCGCAAAGCCAAACGAUACCAUGGUGAUGCCUCUGUUUGCCAAGUCACAAAUACCCAACGAUUUCCUGAUGCAGCACAACAUCGCGUGUCGGCUGUUCCUCAAGCUGCAGGAGGAGGCCAUAGAGAGCAGCAUCUAUGCGUACGAGUCCAAGGAUCGCUACUAUUUGCGUCAUCUCCAUCAGCUGCGUGGCGUCGUCUCCUCCAUGUACUACAAUCGCUACAAGGUGCGCCCGCUAGCCGAGGAGCUGUGCAUCGUGCAGCAGGCAGACAUCAAUAAGGCCCUGGGCUUCUCGGUGCCAGUUUAUGGUGGCUCCUAUACGGAACGGGAGAAUCUGCGUCAAGGCGAUCUGCUGAAGCAAAUCUACUGCCUGCGCCGGGAGUUCAAUCAACUGGAGAAGUGUCCCACUGGCCUGCGCAGCUACAGCCAUGCCAAGCUGCAUGUCAAGCAGCUGCAACUCCAACCAUGUCGAGGUGCUCCAAUUGGACAGCUGCUGAGCAGUCUAUUUGCCUCCGAGCCGGUGCUGCUGCUCCGUUUGCGUCUUCUGCAGACCUUCGACCUGGAUCCGCUCUGGCAAACGGCGGCAAAAUGCUCGCUUUUCGACGGCAAUAAUCACAUAAUGCGCGCAUUUGAUUACGCACCUGACAGCCCGGCCGAUGAGUCAACAUUUUAUAAAGUUCAGCGACGUUUCUUUGUUGCUUUGGUUGACUCACUGGUGGAGCAACGCCCAGCGAAAAUCGUGUUCCAGUCAUUUCUAUUCCUCAGCCACUAUGCGGCAUCUGUGCUGUUGCUCCUGGCGGAGCAAAUCUACGCGGAAACCCAAUUUGAAAAUCAGAUCAUAACGUUAAGUGGCCUGUCCACGGAAGCUAAAGCCCUGGAGCAGCUGCAGCAGCUACAACGUGUACUCUGGGAGGAUGUGACUGACGGGCUGGAUACCCUGCACAGCCUGUUGCCGUUGCAGCAGUUGCACAAGAAUCCAUUUGCCAGUGCCCUAAUCCUCUACAACAACACCGUCCUGGUCAGUUGCUAUCGGCGUAUGCUCGGCGAGGAAGCGUUUCCCACUCGCUUCAGUCUGGAGCAGGCGCAGGAGGCGGCGACGCCAGCUAUAAAUGAGACUGCCACGAUCGUGUGUUAAUCAUGUAUUUUUGUUUAUAA